AUGUUUGAUGCCUGUGGAGAAUUGGUGUUUGAGCAAGAAGGCUUGGAAGGAGCGAUCGUGGUGGAGUUUGGCAGAUCAGAAAGUGAUUUCCAUUUCCUGGUAAGGCAGGACAAAUUCCACCUGUGGCUCUUUUCACCUUUCUGCAGACAAGGCAGGUGGAUCUUGGAGCGGCUCUGGGUAGAUGCAACCAGGAAGUCGCAGCCUCCCUGCCUGGACAAGCAGCCAGCCAGCCAGCCGCCCACACUCCCGCUCAGAGUUUGCGCUAAGGAGCUCCGGAGCUUUCCUUGCCCUGCCGAGAAUGGGCCCUUUCCUGCGAUAGGGAGGCGAGCAGCACACGUUAGCCUGGAGGUCUUGGCCACUUUCUCAAGUUCCGCUUUCCUCCUUUCCCGUGAGUGUAUGGCUCCUUCGCUGGAAGAGAAGACAGAGACUGCAACCUCUCCCAGGCCCCCGCUUCCCCCCCAUGUGUGGGGCUUGGGGGCUGUGGCUUCUGUUGCCCCCCUUAUCUUGCUGCUGCUACUCUGCUUUCCCUUCAAAAGGAAAAAACGGCAAUUAUCAACCAGAACUUUUAAGAGGGACUUAAAUGCAUCAGAUCUCAUCAGCGUGACGAGACUGGAAGACCGGCUGAGCCCAGCUGAGAAGACCCUUGAAGAUGGAGAGUUGCACAACAGUAGCUCUUUGCCCAGCCAUCAGGCGGAGAGGCAAACGAAUGGUUUUGCUGCAGACUUCGAGCACAGAAAUGCCAGCUCCCUGAAAGAAAUGAGCGCAGUUAGCCCAAACCACCAAACUCUGGAGAAGGCCGGAAAGCCGGAUCCGCACCACCUGGGAGCCUCGGGACCAUCAGGAGCGUCGUGCCCGAAAGCAACUUCCCCAAGUUCGCUGCAGUUCAGGAAACUCCCUGUGACCCCGAAGGAGGCCCGUGUAUCUGGAGCGGAGCCCCUGAAUGGGAGCAUCGACAACCAAGUUUACGAAAGCAUCGAGGAUGGAGAAGGGGCAUUAUAUACCAGGGACCGGUCGGAAGGAAGGAAGGGCUCUGGCUUGCCAAUCAUUAGCAGCACAGGUUGUGCCGCAGCCCCCGAAUCGCGCAGGAGGGACACGAGGACUAUAGGGUCCAGUGGGGUGCCAAUACAGCCGCCUACAGCCUUGCAGGGCAGCGAGUCCCUGGGCCAGGUGCCGGGACCGACACCCGAGGGAGCGGCUCCCAUCCAGACCAGCUACGACAUGGAGAAACGGUUGAGCGCCAUGUAUGCCAAAGUGGUCAAGAGGCCCAGGCCAGCGCAGGAGUGGCAGCCGGCAAACCACCGCAAGCCCCCCGAACAGGAAGAGGAGGAGCCUCCCCCCAUCCCAGAGAAGCGCUUUGAGAACAUCUACGAGACCUUGAAUCUCGAUGCUGAGGUGCAGGUAGGCUGCCUUGAGGGAUCAGGGCCGUUACACCCAAGGGGGCGCCUUCAAGGCUCUCUUGCAUGCAGGGCCGUCUCGCCAUAG